AUGGAUCCGCUUCUAGUCUUUUUCUUGUUUGAUCUAUUACUUGUUUUCACCACUUCUCUCUUUCGUGAAAGACAGAGAACGAUAUUUGUGAUGCCUUCUAAUUUAUUCGAAGAUGCCGGUUUUGCAGCCCGGAGACGACUGCGGUCUAGAACAUCGAGUGAACCUCCUGCCAAGGGCAGCGAAUCCACUCGGUUGAAAGGAGAGUUUGAAGAACCUCCUUUAGCUAAGCCUUUUAACGGCGGUGCCACGGGGCAACCUUUAGAGGAACCCCCAACUUUAGCUGCCAAACGUGAACUUGGAACUGGUGGUAAGAAGUGCCGACUCUCUGAUAACCAAAGAGAGGCUGUCGUGGUGGAAGAACAAAAAAGAAGUCAGCGUGAGCAAAGAUACUUGAAGGGGCUUAAUACUCUGUCUUCUGAGCCAAUUACCAGUCCGAGUGAGCUACGAACGCUUACGAAGCAAACGGACGUUGAGGAGUCUUCAGAUAUUGAAGAAUAUGAUCACCCGGCACCUAAAAGAGUGAAAAAGUUGAUUUUAAAAGCUUCUCCCACCAAAAGCAGUCAUAAAAACGGAAACAUUAACUUUGCACAGAAUCGAAAGACGCCAGAGGUGGAGAUCCCUGUUUCUGAGACGGAUGCAGAUGGUGCCGCUGUGAAUAAUGAGGACUUCUGUGCUUCUUGUAGUCUUCCAGGCUCGUUUAUUUGCUGCGAAAGCUGCCCUAGAUCGUUCCACUUCCAUUGUCUUAAUCCACCUAUGGAUCCCCAGCAUCUUCCAGAUCAAUGGUUUUGCAAUGAUUGCCUCAAAAAGCAGCUGACGGAAAGUGAAAGCUUCCCUCCGAAACACAGCAAAAACGUAGGAAUAUUUGGUAGAAUGCUUGAUGAUCUGGAGUACAUCAACCCUUCGGCUUUUAGGCUUCCUAGAGAUAUUUCAGAGGCCUUUGAGGGAGCCGCCCAAGAUAAAUUUGGUGAUUAUUUGGAUGACUCGCUGAAACCCCUGAAAACUUACAGACAAAUAGUGAAGGAUAUGGAAGAUCCUCUUCAUGGAGUAUACGACAAGGAAGGAAAUCCGUACUUCUGUUAUAAAUGCGGAGGAUCGGGACUAAAUAACAGGGAACUUAUCAAAUGUGAUUACUGCUCGCUGUGCUGGCACUUAGACUGUCUAGAUCCACCUUUGACCUCUGUUAAACAACUUGGAGAGAAGUGGAUGUGUCCCAAUCAUGCCGAACACGUUGUAAAUCCCGCACUGAAACUUAGAGGACAACCUGAUAUAGAACUAAGUGCCACUAGAGGCAUAUCACUUCCCGCAGAUGCUAAUAUUGAGAUCAAUAACGUUGAAGAUGCACCAGAAGGAGGUGCCGUUGGUAUUAGAUACAUCUAUGACGAGGAAGAAGCCAGAAAACAGUUCGAAGAGAAUCCUCUUUAUAAAUACCAGGAUUCCAAGACCCGAAAUGGAUUCAAAUAUCUGCUGACAGAACCGAUGUCAGAAUAUGCAGAACAUAUGAAGUUGGGUAAUGUGACUUACAGAUUGAAAGAAGAAGGUAUUAUACUCGAUUUUAUUAAGGGGGCUAAGAUACAGAAGGUGAACGAGACACAGCAAAGAAACAAAGAGAAUUUGGUGGCAUAUGGGAAGCUCGAACCCAGGUUAAGAGAGUAUCUAUGGAGUCUUAGCCAGCUUAGUAAGAAAGAUUUGGUUAGUCAGCAGCAAAAGCAAAUUAAUUUCGACCAUCUGUUAGCGUUGGCGGAUACGGACUAUAAAAUUGAGAGCGGGAAAUUGGACAAAAAAGAGCUAAGAGAGUUGAUGAUCGUGAAGAAGUUGAUCGAAAAGAAAGGUCAAGAUAAGAUGAUGCAGUUUCUAAAGCAAUAA